UUCGUGGUUAGAUAAUGUUCAUUUGCAUAGUUUGUCAUUUAUACAAACACCAACUGUUUGAAUCAGCAGGUAUGCACAACGCCCACGUGGAUACAGGUAACAGUUUAACACUUGCCUGACACACUUUAAUCUGACCUGGGUCAGGAUAGAACACAGCCAUGGCCCUCCUGCCUCAUCCUCUGCUCGUAGUUCUGGCAGUACUGGGUUGUAGUAACUGCGGGGGUAGUGCGUCGGAUGGUCCGGUCGUCCAGACGUCGCACGGCCCUGUCAUGGGAAUCUAUGUCGAGGAAGGGAAAAUCUUUUACGGUAUCCCCUUUGCAGCUCCUCCAACGGGAAACCUAAGAUGGCGCCCGCCCCAGCCUGCUAAACCAUGGGGACCUGACACCUAUAAUGCCACCAAACGGAGUCCGAUCUGCAUCCAGGCUACCUGUGGCCCCAAUGAUCCGGAUUCUUCUGCCCAAUGCCCUCCUGUCGCGGAAAGGGUAAGAAGCGAGGACUGCCUUUACCUCAACGUCUUCGUACCUACCACCGCCAGUCCCAAGUCAAAGAAACCAGUCAUCGUCUUCAUCCAUGGGGGGAAUUUCUUUGAAUUCUCCGCCAUGGGUGUCAUCUAUGAUAGCAGGUUCUUUGCUAACAAGACUGACGCUGUUGUUGUGGCAGCCAACUACCGACUUAGCUCUCUGGGCUUCCUCCGGGCGGGGACUGGAAAGGACGCCGCCAUGGGCAACUACGGCCUCCGCGACCAAGUAGCAGCGCUUCAGUGGGUACAGGACAACAUCGCAGCCUUCGGUGGGGACGAGAACCAAGUCACACUGUUCGGGGAAAGUGCGGGCGCGUACUCCGUUCUAUUCCACCUGGUCAACAAAGGAAGCGAAAAGCUGUUCCACAAAGCUAUCGUGGCAAGCGCACCUACAGGCCUUUACUUCAGAAGUCAGUUAGAGGCUAUCAUCUUUGGUGACGACUUUGCCGCAGCCCUGAACUGUUCAGUCGGAGACAUGGCAUGCAUGCGAGCAGCUGACGCCUCAAAGAUCAGUCACACCCAACAGGCUAUCGAAAAUACGAUCGUCAAUCCGCUCCACUUGACUGAAGUAGCCAAGCCCUGGGGACCUGUCGUUGACGGUGACAUGAUCACAAGGCAAAUGGUGGAAAGCUUCUCGACUGGAAACUUUCAGAAGAAGCCUCUCAUCAUCGGAACAAACACGGAAGAGGGAAUCCUGUUCACUCACGAAGCCUCGUCAUCCCCCCUUGCAACAAGUAGAUAUCAAGAAGCAAUGCUGGCAAUCUUUAAGACGUCAGGCUUCUCAGUUCUUAGGACGUACCCACCCUCCAAUACGGGAGACGAGCGUCCGAUCCUGGGAACACUGAUCACCCAUUUCAUAUUCGCAUGCCCGACGCGUAACAUUCUGAAGAGCGCUCUGAACUACGGCCAUACGAACACAUGGCUGUAUGUCUUUGCUCAUCCCUUAUCAGUCCAUGCUGCUUGGAAAAGCUACCCGUACUGUGAGGGCCACGUCUGCCAUGGCGCCGAUCUACCCUUCGCGUUCCAGUCUAUUUCGCUGAAAGGUUACGAGUUCACCGCUGAAGAGCAGGUCCUAGCUGACUCCGUGGCGUACUACUACGGAAACUUCGCUCACACAAGCGACCCCAACUCUCCCGGCACCCGACACACCAGCCUAUCUACCACUGGCCUGGAUUGGCCUUCUUUUGGAUCUACCCAGAACUACACCCACCUGGUCUUCGAUGUUCCAAAGAACAGCAUUAGUCAAGGCUACCUACAAGACAAGUGUGACUUUUGGGACGAGGAGAACCAGUACCCGUAGCAGCCACGCAUAGUAAACAUGUAACGGGCCACAUUACAUGUAAAAAGCAUGCCUGAAUGGAUUAUCAUCAAUGUGAAAUCCUCUCCAACAACUUACAUUUAUUUUCUUGGAACUGCCUUGAUAAAUUUGACACGGACAAUAAUUGUAUCUGUGAGUUGACAGUUUCCCUCAUAUGACAAGUAAUAUACUUUAAGAUUUUUAAAAAGUCCAACCCGUGUAUUUCAUAAGCUUUAAAUAACCCUUAGUACACAGGUACCCUUCGGACAUUGUACUUUGGUCAAGAGACGAAGCUAUACUUACAUGACCUAGAUAUAGCUUAUCAACUCAUAACUCCAGCUAAAAUCAACCUAACUUUGGUCCGCAAUGAGAGAAAUUUAAUUCAACUUGAGACUAGUCGUGGAAAGAAUCACUUUUUAUGUCUUAAGUUAAUGGUAAAAACUACCUUUCAAUGACGAUAUAGGAAACCAUUAUGUAGGUUAUAAUAUUACCUACCUUUCGUAGAAAUUCGUAGCACGACUCGUGAAGUCCGCUCGCCGACGCGACGCUGUCUUCCGAUGACCUCGAAUAUCAAAGUACGAAGUAUACGAACUAGCUUUGUCAGUACACAUUGAAGGAGAGGGAGACUUUAGUAUAGUUUCUUGUAUUAUAGGAAUUCAUUAGGCAGGAGAUAAUUUUUAUUCAACAAUUUUUAAUCAGGUUUGCUUUAAUUCUGUGUGUGCGUGUGUGUUGUAGAUUUGUUUACACAAGUUUUGAAAAGAGAGAAGAGACUCUGUAGUUUUUAGAUGAUAUAAGAUGUAACCUCUUUCACGUAUACUUAAUUAUAAUAAGUUAUCUAACUCAAUGC